CGUGUGUGAUUCGUUGUGGAAGAAGGGCUGGGGUUUUGUGUUAGAUUUUUGUGUGUGUGUGUGUGUGUCUUAUUAUGAAGAAGAACGGAGAAAAUGUUCAACGUUGAUCCUUCAUUUCCUAAUGUCCCUACCCUCACCACUGAACAGAUUCAAAAGUUUAUCUCUUAUAGACAAGUUUUUAUGCUUGGUGGAGUACUUGGAGGAGAAUAAGGAGCUGAUCUUGGCAAUAUUGGAGCAUCAAAACCUGGGAAAGUUCACUGAGAUUGCACACACACUUAAUGUACAAAACUCGUCUCCAAGACUUUACUUCAAAGUCAGGCAUUCAAUUUCCUGUCUAUCAUACCAUUAAUGAGGGACAUAUUCCAAAGUUUAGAUCGACGGUGUGGGUUGCAGAGAUGCGUUACACUUCCCCAUCCACAUUUUCCCAAAAAAAAGUUGUUGAACAGGAUGUAGCUAGACUUGCUUUGGAGGGUAUCCUCCAUAGGACCAGAGAUGAAGGACUCUCUCUUGUCGAUCAGAUUUCUCCAAUUUUCAAGUCUAUCAUGAAUGAGUAUGCUCAUAAACUGCAUGUAGAACAACCUACAUACAACAAUGAUAAGCAACUGCUAGGAGGGGUGCUUCCUGCUUUUAUAACUUCUUUGGUUUUCAAUGGUACAAGUUACACUGGUGGUCCAGCUGGAACAAAAAAGGAUGUUGAGCAGUCAGCCGCAAAGGCUGCAAUUCUUUCAAUUAUGAGUAUCCUUUCGUGUAUGCUUUAUUACAUAUUUCCAGUAGAUUUUAGGUGGCAAUGUGCUUACCUACUAAAUGACUAUUUAAUCCAGGUGAUUCUAGCUCGGGAACUGCACUUGCCGAGGUUAUUAGGUCAAAGUCUAUAUUUUACUAUGCAGUGUUAUCCGAUAUACAAGAUUUUAAUCAUGUUUCAAACAUGUGGAAAUGCCCGUGGGCAACUGGUGCUGUGUACCCUUCUCGAAGAUAGGAAGAAGGAAGGGCAUGUUAGAUUAUCCUGUCUCACAGGAUGCGGAUGAAAACAUACAAGAUUAUUUAUCGGGUUUGUGGGAGAAUGUUUUUUAAAGCAUUGACAGAGUAAUCUUGUGCCCUGGGCAAAAUGUGAUUUUAAGUUGCCGGUGCUAUGUCCAGUUUCUGUAGUAGUUUAUUUCUCCCAACUGUUACAAUUCAGUGUGCUUUCAUUAAUGUGGGCCUCUUGUUGUGGUAUUCUUGCUGCAUACAUUGCAUCUGAUAAACUGCAAUGUUUUUAUGAAUGCUUGAAAGAUUAAUCAGCAUGGUUAACCA